AUGGCUAAUACUACAAAACUACAAAGAGCAUUUCGUUCUGAACGCCUGCUGUUCAGGGCCAUAGAGGACGACGACGCAGACAGGCAGUGGUUCUAUACCCAGGUCCAGUCCGAUCCAGUCAGUUUCGCAUCGCUCGAUUCAAGUCUGCUGCGGCCCCAGAUCCGGAGCCGCAGCGAUGCCAAGCUGUCCGAUCUCCAGAACAUGCUGCUCGGCGUCAUGAUCUGCCUGCCCCCUAACACGUCGUAUGACCAACCAACACCAAUCGGCAUCCUGAGCCUAGACGACGAGGCCGGGAGCAACUAUCGCCACCACCACCGGCUGGCGGUCCUGGCCAUCGCCGUCUCUGCAGACCAUCAGGGCAGCGGCUAUGGCGCGGAGGCCAUACGCUGGGCGGUGGACUGGGCGUUCGAGAGGGCCAACAUCCACUCGGUCAGCCUCGCGUGCGUCGAGUACAACGACCGCGCCAAGCACCUGUACGAGAAGCUGGGGUUCGUCCUCGAGGGCAGGCUGAGGAAAUGCCACUUCCACGAACGCAGGUGGUGGGACGUCCUCAUGUUCUCCAUGCUCGAGGAGGAGUGGGAGGCCGUGAGGGAGAAGGAGAGCGAUGUCCGGAGCGGGAUCGGGCAGGUAGUUGGUAAACAUACCUAUCUUUGA